UAUUUCCUAUUGUCUGACCCAUCCUCCCCAAAUAUUGCCAUUCACUUUUCUUUUAUCGUAUCUCUCCGCAAGAAUUUUCCUCUCCAUUUUGAUUUUUCCCACAAAUAAAUGCACAUACUCUAUCGUUUGUCUGACCUCUCCACCACAAAUCUUGGCCUCCCUUCCCACUCCACCCCAAGACUCUGCCAAGUUGUCCACUCCCUUUAGGUUUUUGCCGCGCGAUCCCCCAACAUGCUCUCUUCCUUUUGGUUUUACCAGACCCCCACCACCCCACGACGUUUUUUUUCCAGAGAAGAGAAAAGGGAGAGAGAAGAGGUAGGGAAGGAGAGGGAGGAGGAGUACGACGCCCGCGACAUCAAUUUUUCCCUCUCCUCCUAUAGGUACAGGUUGGUCAGCUUUUACCGCACUAACUCGCGCUAAAGGUUUGAGCUUUGACCAGC